AUGCCCGGGAACACUGGCCUAACUGCCCGACCAUCAAAGAGAUCCGAGACCAGGGUUCCUGCGGCUCCUGCUGGCUGUAAUGGGGGCUUUCCCGCUGAAGCCUGGAACUUCUGGACAAAACAAGGGCUGGUUUCUGGUGGCCUCUAUGACUCCCAUGUAGGUUGCAGACCCUACUCCAUCCCUCCCUGUGAGCACCACGUGAAUGGCUCCCGGCCCCCAUGCACAGGGGAAGGGGACACCCCCAAGUGCAGCAAGAUCUGUGAGCCUGGCUACACCCCAUCCUACAAAGAAGACAAGCACUACGGAUGCAGUUCCUACAGUGUGUCCAACAGUGAGAAGGAGAUCAUGGCCGAGAUCUACAAAAAUGGCCCUGUGGAGGCAGCCUUCUCUGUGUAUUCGGACUUCCUGCUGUACAAGUCUGGCGUGUACCAGCACGUCACCGGAGAAAUGAUGGGAGGCCACGCUGUCCGCAUCCUGGGCUGGGGUGUGGAGAAUGGCACGCCCUACUGGCUGGUUGGCAACUCCUGGAACACUGACUGGGGCGACAAUGGCUUCUUUAAAAUCCUCCGGGGUCGGGAUCACUGUGGAAUUGAAUCAGAAGUUGUGGCUGGAAUCCCAUGCACUGAUCAGUACUGGAAAAGGAUCUGAUCUGCUGUAGGACUGGUCUUGCCAGCCCCGGGGCAGUCUUUCCCCUAAAUCGAGCCAGGUGGGCUGGUGAUGUGAUGGAGGGUAGGAAUGUCUUUUAUUCUUUGGAUUCAGAUGAGAUACAAGAGGUUUCAGGGCCUGAAGGACUGGGCCAAACCUUGCGUCUCCCGUCAGUCAGACUGUCUUCCAAGG